AUGAGUUACAUGAAGAAAGACGAAGAUGCGGAUCAGGUCAUGAUCAAGCUUGACCGAACUUCUGUUUUCCAAGAUGCUCGACUAUUCAAUUCCUCCCCGAUCUCCCCGCGAACAUGCCGUACCCUCUUGACCAAGAUUGCGGUCCUCCUCUUCACUGGGGAGCAAUUCCCCACAAACGAGGCCACCACGCUUUUCUUUGGUAUCUCCAAGCUGUUCCAGAACAAGGACCCUUCUUUGCGACAGAUGGUCUACCUGAUUCUGAAGGAGCUUGCCCACACCGCCGAAGAUGUGAUUAUGUCGACCAGUAUCAUCAUGAAGGACACUGCGGUCGGAAGCGAUGUUUUGUACCGUGCCAACGCCAUCCGAGCACUGUGCCGAAUUAUCGAUGGUUCCACAGUCCAAGCCAUUGAGCGUCUCAUCAAGACCGCCAUUGUUGACAAAACCCCGUCGGUUUCCUCCGCCGCCUUGGUCUCCUCAUACCACCUCCUUCCCGUUGCCCGUGACGUCGUUAAGAGAUGGCAGAGUGAGACACAGGAAGCCGCAUCUUCUUCAAAGCAGUCGACCGGCUUUCUGGGUUUUGCAUCUAGCUCCCAGCCCCAUGCUAUCUCCCAGUCGAACUUCAUGACCCAAUACCAUGCAAUUGGUCUGCUGUACCAAAUGCGCUCCCACGACCGCAUGGCCUUGGUUAAGAUGGUCCAACAAUACGGUGCUGCGGGCGUGGUCAAGAGCCCGGCUGCUCUGGUGUUGCUGGUCCGUCUGGCGGCCAAGCUGGCAGAGGAGGAUGCUGGCCUUCGGAAACCCAUGGUGCAAAUGCUCGAUGGCUGGCUCCGUCACAAGCACGAAAUGGUCAACUUCGAGGCCGCAAAGGCCAUUUGUGAUUUGCGCGAUGUCACCGAUGCCGAGGCUUCACAAGCCGUCCACGUUCUUCAGCUGUUCCUUUCUUCUCCUCGAUCCAUCACCAAGUUCGCAGCCAUCCGUAUCCUUCACAACUUCGCUACCUUCAAGCCUAAUGUCGUCAAUGUCUGCAACCCCGAUAUCGAGUCGCUCAUCUCCAACUCUAACCGCUCUAUUGCUACAUUCGCUAUCACUACUCUGCUCAAGACCGGUAAUGAGGCUAGUGUCGACCGGUUGAUGAAGCAGAUCUCUGGAUUCAUGGCUGAUAUCACCGAUGAGUUCAAGAUCACCAUCGUAGAGGCUAUUCGCACCUUGUGCCUGAAGUUCCCUAGCAAGCAGGCCGGCAUGCUUGUGUUCCUGAGCGGCAUCUUGCGUGACGAGGGUGGCUACGAAUUCAAGCGCACUGUGGUGGAGAGCAUGUUUGAUCUUAUCAAGUUUGUUCCCGAGAGCAAGGAAGAUGCUCUCGCCCACCUCUGUGAGUUUAUCGAGGACUGCGAAUUUACAAAACUUUCCGUUCGUGUUCUGCACUUGCUCGGUACCGAGGGUCCUAAGACCUCCCACCCUACCAAGUACAUCCGAUAUAUCUAUAAUCGCGUUGUUCUUGAGAACGCUAUCGUUCGUGCUGCUGCUGUCACUGCUCUUGCCAAGUUUGGCGUCGGCCAGAAAGACCCAGAAGUCAAGUCCAGUGUCCAGGUCCUACUUUCUCGUUGUCUUGAUGACACAGAUGAUGAAGUACGAGACCGUGCCGCGCUUAACCUUCGCUUGAUGGGUAGCGACGAUGCUUCAGCUGAAUCAUUUGUUAAGAAUGAUAAUAUGUACUCUCUCUCCACAUUCGAACACCAACUUGUGAUGUACGUCACAUCAAAUGACAAGCAGACUUUCGCCGCCGCAUUUGAUAUUUCCUCUGUUCCGGUUGUCUCCCACGAGCAGGCCUUGGCCGAGGAGAGAACCAAGAAGCUCACAUCCGCCACACCCACCCUCAAGGCUCCAUCCACCGGACCCCCCAAGGGCAAAACCAACGGAGUUGCCGAGGCCACCAGUGCGGCCGCUACUCAAAAGUAUGCCGAGCAGCUUAUUCAGGUUCCCGAGAUCAAGGAGUAUGGUGCAUUGCUCAAGUCUUCUUCACCUGUUGAGCUUUCCGAGAGCGAGACCGAAUACGUCGUUACUGCCGUCAAGCAUAUUUUCAAGGAGAAUAUUGUCGUGCAGUAUGAUAUCAAAAACACACUCCCAGAUACUGUUCUUGAGAAUGUGACAGUGAUCGCCACUCCAUCGGAAGAUGAUGUCCUCGAGGAGGACUUCAUCAUCCCGGCACCAAAGCUCACCCCCAACGAACCCGGCGUGGUCUACGUGGCAUUUAAGAAGCUGGGUGGAGAAAGCAGCGUGCCGAUAAAUUCUUUCACUAACAACCUUAAGUUCACCAGCAAGGAGAUUGACCCUACCACUGGUGAACCCGAGGAUGAGGGGUACGAUGAUGAGUACCAGGUGGAAGACCUCGAGUUGACGGGUAGCGACUAUGUCAUUCCCACGUUUGCUGGCAGCUUCGACCAUGUCUGGGAGCAGACCGGAGCUAACGGCGAGGAGGAGAGUGAGACACUGCAAUUAAGUAACAUGAAGGGCAUUACUGAUGCCACCGAGCAACUCAUCUCCGCUCUGUCUCUUCAACCCCUUGAGGGCACUGAUGUGGCCCUCAACAACAGCACCCACACACUCAAGCUGUUUGGUAAGACCGUGCUGGGUGGCCGCGUGGCUGCCCUGAUCAAGAUGGCGUACUCGAGCAGGACCGGCGUCACAACCAAGAUCACGGUGCGAGCCGAAGAGGAGGGCGUUGCAGCUGCAGUGCUUGCUUCUGUCACUUAA